CACAGAGAGGAAGGAGCGUUCUGGAGGAGCACAGCAGCAGGGUUCGCUCUCCGUGUGGAGGUUCUAUGUAAAGCGAAAGAGAACAGCUCAUCGUGGUGUCCGGGUUUGUGUGUUUGUCGGCGGAAUGUGUGCUCCGUGUUGUAUCGAACAGCUGGCCUGCUGCUGCGGAUCUGCAGCCUGCUCAUGCUGCUGUAACUGUUGCCCAAAGAUCAAACAGUCCACUGGGACCCGAAUUAUGUACGCCCUCUACUUCCUGCUGGUCACUGUCGUCUGUGUCAUCAUGAUGUCCCCAACUGUGGAGGGGCAGAUGAAAGACAGCAUUCCCUUCUACAGUGACCUGUGUAACAAACUAAAUGCAGGGGAGAACUGCAAGACGUUGGUCGGUUACUCUGCCGUCUACAAAAUGUGCUUUGGAAUGGCCUGCUUCUUCUUCAUCUUCUGUAUCUUCACCUUAGGCAUCAAAGACAGCACAGGCUGCAGGGCGGCCGUACACAAUGGGUUCUGGUUGCUGAAGUUCAUGUGUUGGCAGCGUGCCUGUGCCGGAGGAUUCUUUAUCCCACAAGAACAAAUCUUUCUGAAAGUGUGGCGCUAUAUAGGCGCGGGGGGUGGAGUCCUCUUCCUUCUCAUCCAGUCAUGGUGUUGGUUGGAGUUUGCUCACAGGUGGAACACAAACUGGAGUUCUGGAGUGAAGUAUAACCGUUUGUGGUAUGCAGCUCUGGCCUUGGUGACUCUGGUGUUAUUCAGUAUUGCCGUGGUAGCUGUAGGGUUCAUGGGUUAUUUCUAUACCGACCCCGAAGCUUGUCUGUUCAACAUGUUCUUGGGCGUCAACGCGAGUCUCUGCCUAGUUGUAUCGCUGCUAGAUUCCACGUGUAUCCAGAAAUUGCAGCCCACAUCAAGCCUGCUGCAGCCAGGAGUCAUGAGUGUGUACGUAAUGUACCUCACUUUUUCAGCCUUCUCCAGCAAACCAAAAGAAAUGGUGUUGAGAGAUGGUAUGAACACAACAGUUUGUGUGUUUCCUUUCAACUCUGGGAUGAAUGGUGACAAAAAGAUUGUUACCAUUUGUGGCGUAAUUAUCCUGUUUGGUUGCAUCCUUUACUCAUGCUUGACAUCGACCACCAGGCGAAACGCUGCCGCAAUCAGGCUGUGCAGGAAUAGUGAACCAGAGAUGGAGAGAGCUCGCUGCUGCUUCUGCUUGGCAGAUGAUGCAGAGGACUACGAGGAUGAGUACACCAGUGCAGGCCAGAAUGUCAUGUAUGACGAGAGAGAGGGAACCAUCUACAGUUAUGCCUACUUCCACUUUGUCUUCUUUCUGGGAUCCCUCUAUGUUAUGAUGACGGUCACCAACUGGUUCCACUACGACGACCACGAGAUUGAGAAGCUGCUGGAGGGCAGUUGGUCAGAGUUCUGGAUCAAGAUGGCGUCCUGCUGGGUGUGUCUCUUCGUCUACAUGUGGACACUCGUUGCUCCCAUGUUCUGUCCCAAACGCUUUGAGGCCUAGAACACACGUUAGCAUAUUCAUGCUGAGAAAAGGGACCCACACACCUUCUUUCACCUUAACGAUACCACCCUCAGCAUUCAGAGCGUCCACUAUCUCUUCUCUUUUAUAUACUCCUGAUUAUUCAGCUUUGUUUUACAAUGUUUAACUGUCAAUACCUUGAAGGUAUUUUUUUCUCUCUUUUUCCUAUGACUGUCUCCUGGAGUUAUGUGCUGCGUGCACAUUUAAUGUUACACCUAGAUUUUUGGGAGUAGAGUUUCACAGUGAAAUAGAAGAAGCAUCCAGGUGCUGUGGAGUCACUGAUAAUUCCACAAUAUUUUUUGUUUUUUUUAUAUUAUGUACGAGUAUUUCCAUGGUGUCCCAGGUUUCCACGGCUGCCCUUCAGCCUGGAAUUUCACUUCUGUACAGUAGGACCUGAAACUUGUACCAGGUUUGGGACAGUCAUUUCAACGUGGAGAUGUGGUGACAAGUAUUUAUUUCCAUGUACAUUUCAGAUAAUCAGGAAUAUAAGGUUACUUUUUUCCCUGUAAUCUGUAUGAAAACUUUUUUCCUCAGGCUGUAUGUGUUUACGCUUUGUUAUAUCGCAUCCUUUUGUAGAUGUUUCUAUGCAACGGAACAAGAUCUUUUCAAUACCCAUCAUGGUGAAGUAUCCAGUCCAGAUCACAAGGAUGCAAAAGACUUUGCUGAUGUCAGCGCUCCUUUUGAGCCACAUCUUGUAUUACAAAAACAAAAAAAUCAGAGUACUUUAGAGGUCUUCAGAUCAACCUGCCUUACCAAACCGUGAUAUUAGCCGAGCGCUGCCUUCCUGUUUGACCGACAGUGAAGCAUAAAGUCCGUUUGCCAAAGGUAGAAGUAUUCCGAAACGAUAACUGGGAGCAUUGUGUAUUUGCAUGCACACAUAGAUGUGCACAGUUAUGUCAUAAAGUUAUUCAGAAUCAGGUAGCAGGAGUGCUUUUAUGUGUUAUUCAACACUGGAUGUUGAGUUUACUGCCGAAUUCAGUUCAGAGCAUCGCUAAUAUUGUAUGAUAACCUGAUGUGUCAGUUGUUUUUAUUGUAUAAAAGAUAUUGUGUAUUGUCAGCAGAAAGCCCUGACCGUGUCUUACUCAUCAUCAAUAAAUCAGUGUUCUGUUUCAAUUC